UCACUGUUUGGACACUUGGGGCUCGCCCGCUAUGGGUCGACCUGGACGAUCACCUCUAAGGAGAGGUGGCAGGUGGUGGAUCCGUCCUAAAUUGCUUUAACAAAAUAGCAGUUCAACCCCCCAAAAGGCCAAAGCUUAAUCAAGACCUGGAAUCAGGGUUUUUGUAACGAGAAGAGGGGCUGGGUAAUGGAGAUUUCAGAAUUAGAGGACGCAUUGAAUGUGGUGCAAUCUUCCGUUUCAAAAAUCAAAUGGAAACUGAAACCAGCAGCUAAGCGUCGACUCCGCAUAGAUAUCUUAGCCUUGUGCACAGGAUUAAGGCCAGUAGUGAUGAUCGACUAUGGUGGAAAGAUGCCUGAACUUCAGGAACGACUCUGCACUGUCCUACAACUUACUCAAAAGGAAUCGUUGUUUUUGCAGCCUUUGAGAGUAAUGGUUAUAGAAGAUAUGAUUUAUUUGAUACAUGUUAGAGGACUUGCUGAAUAUGUAGAGUCGAGCCUAAACUCGGAGACAAAAAUUCUCUUUGUAAAUCUUCAACAGGAUCCUCCAAAGAUGGUGAUACAGACAGAGCAAAAUUUGGUAGCAACAGAACUAAAAGAAAUUCAGAAGUUCUUCUUGUCAGUAUUUCCCGUUGAUGGAACAAACAAGGGCCUCUUGCCAUGUGCCAGGAAAGAUCAUCUGGUGGACGAAAAAUCACCAGUUGGUGGGGUCAUUACUUCUCAAUCUUCUGAGUUCAUCGAUCUCAGUGACUGCAUGCAAGACGUGCAUGUCACUGUGCCAACCCUAAAUGGAUGGCUUCUAGGUUAUCCAGUAGUAUACUUGUUUGAUAGGGAUCACAUUGCAGAUGCUACUUAUAAUCUGUCCACCAAGUCUCUUCAUCUCUUCAAGGUUUCAGUCUGCAGAAAUGGUAUAUCUGGUGAAGGAUCUCAUCUAGAAGAACUAAUGAGCUUCUCAGUGCCUUAUGAUCUGAGCACGGAAGGGAAGAAUGAAUCAUGGGCUCAAGACUUCCGUGCUCAAAUGCUGAUCAGGUUUGAAAAAUGCAAGCAAGCAUGGAGGUAUUUGCAGAUGGACGUCAGUGAAUGCUACCCACAAGCAAUCGUGCUGUAGUAGUAGAAAAGUGAUUGAUUUGCUCAAGGAACACCAUGGCCCACCACCCCAUGCUGGUUUGGAUGGGUUAUGGGUUCACCCAAGUGUUAAACAACUCAAACAAUAUAGCUGUUCUGUAAUUAACCAGAGCUUUAAAGAGGGUUUUUUUUUUUUUGAAUUAAGUGUAACAUAGGUAUUAAAAGUAAGGGAAAAGGAAGCCUAUGCCGCUGUUGUACA